AAAGAAACCAUCAAUUAAUUUCUUUUUUGAAUAACCCAAAAAGGAGGAAAAUGACCUCUUUUGUUCAAGCUUUGAUUUUGAUUAUAUUGUCAGCAACACUAUUAUGUUUUGCACAUAGUGUUCCUCAGGUACCUUGUUAUUUCAUAUUUGGUGACUCAUUAAUGGAUAAUGGCAAUAACAACCACUUGGUUACGACGGCAAAAGCCAAUUAUGCACCAUAUGGAAUUGACUUUCCCGAUGGUCCUACCGGGAGAUUUUCAAAUGGUCGAAAUAUUGUGGACGUUGUAGCUCAACUACUAGGGUUUGAAAACUUCAUUCCACCUUUUGCAACAGCAAGACGUGACGAAAUAGUUCAAGGGGUAAAUUAUGCAUCAGGUGCUGCUGGAAUUCUUGAUGAAACCGCUGAACAUAUGGGUGGCAGGAUAUGCUUGAAUCAGCAACUAACAAAUCAUGCUAUCACAAUUUUGCAACUAGUCGACUUGAUCGGUAAUGGGAGUUUAGCCAGAGUUGGACAACACCUCAACAAAUGCAUAUACACCGUUGCAAUGGGCAAUAAUGACUACAUUAACAAUUACUUUUAUCCGAAAUACUAUCGAACAAGCAGCUUAUACACGCCAGAACAAUAUGCCGAAAUCCUCGUCACACAAUAUUCCAAACAGUUAUCCACACUGUAUAAAUAUGGGGCAAGAAAGUUUGGGAUACAUGGAGCUGGAUACAUAGGUUGUACACCAGCAAUGAUGAAGAGAUUUAACACAAAUACAUGUGUGGAUGCUGUAAAUGGAGCUAUUAUACAAUUCAAUGCCAAGCUUGUUACUGCUCUUGGUGACCUCGAGAGCAAACUCUCUGGUUCAAAGUUCAUCUUCAUUGACCCUCCUCUUGGAUAUUCUAAUGAUUUCAAUGUUACAGAUAAACCUUGUUGCAAUAUCUCAACCACAAUUGGUGAAGGGCUAUGUGCCCCCAACGAAAUCCCAUGUGGUGCUAGGGAAAACUACAUAUUUUGGGAUGAAUUUCAUCCUACCGAGAGUGUUAGCCUUGUAGACGGAGCAAGGACAUACGAAGCCCUCUCAUCGUUCUAUGCCUUUGAGCCUAAAGGAUCAUUUCCAAUAUCGGCAGUCUAGCGAUCAACGGAAGGUUUGAUGUGUAGCCGCAAGUUGAGUAUUACUCUUUGGGCUAAAAAAAAGGACACUCUUCUAGUGUUUAUCUAUCAUGUUAAUGUUAUUUAUGUUGCUUUCUGCAUCUAUCAAUAAUUAAAUUAUAGUGAGCAAACAUCUUAUAUAAAAUACACGUCAUGC